AUAUCUACCUCAAAAGAUUAUUGUAUAAACCAUGCUUUGGAGCAAAAGAAGUUAUGAUAAAUCAAUGUUUUAUUGAUACACUUGAAUUAAUGAAAGGUAAAAAAGAAAGUGUUACUCCAUUAACUACUAAACCAAGGUUACGUCAAAAAGUCCCCAAAAAAUCUUCACUAUUUCAUUUUGAUUUAUUUUAUAGAAAAUCAGAAUUUUUUUUUGACAAGUAUAUAGAGGAUAUGGAAGACAAUAAUGAGAUGGCAAAAUUGACAAGUGUUCAUAUUGUUCCACUACCAGAUUUUCUUGUAUAUCCACAUGGUAUAAAAGAUGAAAAAUUGCACUUGACAAAAUUAAUCAAAAGACUAUUGAAAUUAAUUUUUUGGCCACGUAAACAUGUUAUAAGAAAUAAUGAAUCUGACCAUAGUUCAUUCUCAAGAAUGCUCAGACAACAAAGAAAUGAAUUGAUAUGUGACAACCCAUCAUUGGAAGCUUGUAUCAAAUUCAAAUUUUCAUCAGCAAGAUGGUAUUAUAUCAGACAUUUAAUCCAUUAUUUGUUAUUUGCAUUAAUGGUAUCAUUUAUGCUUUUUUUGGGUGGGGAUCCCUCUGUUGAUGAAUGGUAUUCUGCAAUGGAGUCUUUAUAUACUAUAUUUGAUCCAAUGCCAUACACCACUUGUUUCAUUUUAACUGCUUAUCUUGGUUAUUACUUGUUAGCAAUAGAAUUAGUACAGGUUAAGCAUGAUAAGGUCAAAAGAUAUUUGAAUUUUUAUAAUUUUAUUGAUCUUGCAUCAAUUCUGUUUCCAUUUGCAUCAGUGCUUGGAAAUUAUAUUUAUAGGGUGAAAAUAUAUGUAGUUUCAAUAAAGUUUAUAAAUUCUGGGGAUCCUUCUGCUGAUGAUUUAUACAGUUUUUUAGCAGAUAAAUAUGAUAUUGGUAAAUUUUCUGAAAUAGCAAAAGUUGCUAAUUCAUUUAUUAUAUUAAUUUUGUGGUUGGAGUUUUAUGGUGUAACUGAACUUGGUACAGGUCCAAAUCUUGAUACUUUCAAAAUUUACAGUAAUGCCUCAAUGCUUCUUGAUAAUAGUAAUGACCCUUUACAAAAUAUUAUCAUUAAAAAAGUGAUUGAGAAUAAUGAAAAUGACAAUUUUGUUUCAUUUGCUAAAUCUGUGGAAUCUGUUUAUUUUUGGCCUGCAGGUAGAUGGGAUCAAAUAGAUAACUGGAAUUUUUGGCCAGUUGAUGUGUUGACUACACUUGCAAAUAUAUUAUUAGUAGUAAUAAUGCAAAAUUUAUUAAUUGCAUUCAUGACAGGUGUAUUUGAAGAUGCCAACAAUAAUGUAAAACAAAAAACUUUAAAAGUUAGAGCAGAUUUAUUAUCUGAUUAUGAGACAUUAGAAAAACCAUUUGAAGAAUUACCAUCAUCAAAUAUGAAGCUUGAAGAUAAAUCUGAUUCAUUACAAAAUGAAAUUAGUGAGAUGAAAAAAGCUGAUGCUGAUAUUUCAAAUAGGAUUACAAAUAUUGAAAAAGAUUUAAAAGAACUUAUUAAAUUAAUGGAAUCAAAGCAAGCCUAA